AUAUUUCCUACAUAAACUAUCUACCUAAGUACCUACCUGGGGCACACUUUAUAUCAUUAAUAACACUUAUCGUCUCUUCUGUGCAAUCUACCAGAGUCAAUCAGAUACCUUGCUUCUAAAGGGAACGACCAUGUCAGUCAGGAACAGGAACCCCCAACCGCUCGCCAAUUGCCCUGCACAAGGUACACCUACACGGGGAUGUGCUAUCCCUUUUGACGAACUACCUGACCUUUCUAGGCUCAAGCUGGAACUCAAUGAAGUGGCAACUUUCGACUGGUCCUAUCCUACGGCCCGUCCUCAGGGACCAGUCAUCCUCAACGUCUAUAUGCGUAAUCUCGAUGAGUUCAUCUACUCUUUUGAAUCUAGCCGCGAGAAAGAUGACUUAGCUCAGUUCAAGAAGACUCGUCUACGCCCCGAGUUCGCAUCUCUUCCGGACGAGGAGAUCUUGGGACGAAUGGGUCGCUUCGCGCAAGACCGAGCUCUCAUGAUCAACUACAUACUCGGCUCUCGCGUGUCGCCAGUUUACCACCAGGAUUACGUCGACGAGAGACACCCUCCAGACACCAAAUACGAGAGGAAAGAGCUGAAGAGGGACCGGCCGCGCAUGGCGAGGAAGAUAGUCGAGACCUUUUGGGGAUCCGCACACUCGGGAAACCCGCUGCCGAGUCACGAGCACAAGCAGCUAGGUAUAUCCGCCUACGACUGCUGGGCCGAACGUAUUGAUGACAAACUAACAACGAUGGCGAAGAAGCUCCAUAAAGAGCCUAAGAAAAUAAGGGGCCUGUUCUAGGAGAGCGGACCUCAACCUCACCUUCUCCCUCAGAUCCGUAGCUCGGCAGAGAAUAAUGCUGAAACUGACACUAACACUCAUGAGGGAGGUAGCGAUAGCAACCCAAUUGUUAUCGAGAGCGACGAUUCGGAGGAGGAAGUCAAGCGUGAGCCCAAGAGCCCGCUUAAG